GUCUCUGCCCCCGGCAUGGAGAGGGUCUCGGUGGCCGCAGGGAGCGCGGGCGCCGACAAGGCCGAGGGAGCCGCAGCCAUGCCGCCGCCGCCUGCUGUCUCCCCUCCUGCUCUCACCCCGGCACCCGCAGCGGGUGAGGAGGGCCCGCCGCCUUUGCCCGAGGCGGGGGCUCCAGGCUGCUCGGGCUCCCGGCCCCCAGAGUUGGAGCCCGAGCGCAGCCUGGGCCGCAUGAGGGGCCGCUUCGAGGACGAGGACGACGAGCUAGAAGAGGAUGAGGAGCUGGAGGAGGAGGAGGAGGAGGAGGAGGAGGAAGAGAUGAGCCACUUCUCGCUGAGGCUGGAGGGGGGUCGGCCGGACUCAGAGGACGAGGAGGAGCGCCUGAUUAAUCUCUCUGAGCUGACACCAUACAUCUUGUGUUCCAUUUGCAAAGGUUACUUAAUAGAUGCAACUACCAUUACAGAAUGUCUUCAUACGUUUUGUAAAAGCUGCAUUGUAAGACAUUUUUACUAUAGCAACAGAUGUCCAAAAUGCAACAUAGUAGUACAUCAGACACAACCUCUUUAUAACAUAAGGUUGGACCGACAGUUACAAGACAUAGUGUACAAAUUAGUGAUCAAUCUAGAGGAAAGAGAAAAAAAGCAAAUGCAUGAUUUCUAUAAAGAAAGAGGUCUAGAAGUACCUAAACCUGCUGUUCCACAGCCAGUCCCUUCAAGCAAAGGAAGAUCUAAGAAAGUCUUAGAAUCCGUGUUUCGUAUUCCACCUGAACUUGAUAUGUCUUUAUUACUAGAGUUCAUUGGUGCUAAUGAAGGCACGGGACAUUUUAAGCCCUUGGAGAAGAAGUUUGUCCGAGUUUCAGGAGAAGCAACUAUUGGGCAUGUAGAAAAAUUCCUCAGAAGAAAAAUGGGUCUUGAUCCAGCUUGUCAGGUAGAUAUCAUCUGUGGUGAUCACUUGUUGGAGCAGUAUCAGACUCUAAGGGAAAUUCGACGUGCAAUUGGUGACGCAGCUAUGCAGGAUGGUCUGCUGGUCCUUCAUUAUGGUCUUGUAGUUUCUCCCUUAAAAAUUACUUGAAGAUUCUAGCAGCAUUAGGAGGAGGGAAACAAAAUACGGAGGCUUCUGCAGGAUUGCAUUUCACCAAAGAUUUCCACAGAACAUGUAAUUGCGACCACUUUGUGCUGUUGGAGACAUAACUUACUUAUUUUCAGCACCAAGAUUCAUAGCAUUUAUAAGUACAAUUUGGAAUGACAGAAUGCGUCUGUUUUACUAGAAACUAUAUAUAAAAAAGCAUCCAUAGCUCAGGGGGAAAUUUUCAAAGCAUUAAAUUUUUAAAUUCCUUGUGAUUUCAAAUACUUUGAUGUUGAUUUUGCUUCCUAAUCUUUGAGGUAAAUCGGUUACUGUUUUCUUCUUUGUUGAGCCAUAUUCCUUUCAAGUUGGCGGUUAGGAUUCUGCCCUCUGGAAUGGUAUCGGUUGGAUGGAUGGACGGUCAUCCUUUUCGUAUUGAAGACUCAAAGCCAGUCUUUGCUGAACUACAGAGUUUACCUCUCAGACAAAGACCAAAACUGUUGACCACUUUUGUAUGUUACCAUCAUAUUUUGAACUUGUAUCUUUCAUUUACCAGCAAUACUACUACAGAGACGAUAUUUACUUCUAAAAGGGAUGAAUUAUCAUUCUGUGUGAAGAGACUAUCUCCUGCAGGGUUUAUUACCGUAAGCCUUCAGUGUGCUAGAGACUUCUUUAACAGAUCUUACAACAAGGGGUGCCUCUUUGAAACAUUAUUUUUAUUCUUUGAAUGUUAAUUUGAUUAACAUUCAUUUUAUUUGAGUACAUAGUUUGGUUGUCAAUACCUUAUAAUGCCACUGCUUCUGAAAGUAAUAAACUUGAGUGAAUUUGCAAGUUUACAGAAUACUUAUUCAUUGUUUCCUCAGUCAAUUUAAUGUUCAUUUUCCCAUUACUUUGUCACUGGGAUAAAAAAUACGGGUGCUUGAGAGUUCACUCACAUGCAAAGAUUUCAGUUUUAAAUGUUAUUUUGCCUAAAACUAGCAUUGUGAUGCUUUCUAAAAAAAAUAUUUUAUAUACCCUAUUUCACUAUAAAAUUUCCAAGUCUGCACAGAAACAAUUACAAAUGAAUAAGGUUUGGCAAUUGUU